AUGGUAUCAAUUCCAUGGCUUCUUCGGGUUGUUGUUGGAUCACUCCUUCUUGGUAUAACAUCAACUGUUUUUACAUUUAUAUUUCCUGCAGCUGAUCUCAAUUUUAAAUUCCGUCAGUCACUUGAUGCUCCAAGUUUUCUCACUCAAACAAGAUUUAAUCUUAGUAACUUUAAUUAUGAUGGAGAGUGUUCUAAAGUAUUUAAAAGUGAAAAAAAUAAUGAAAGAGAUAUAUUAUUACUUGGUGGUUCUUUUCCUCAAGUAAAAAAAUGGAAAGACUCAGAGGCAAUGGUUUAUGGUCAAUUUAAAAUGAAUUUAGAAUCUAUCCCAAAUGCAAAGAAAGUUUUUGUAUUAAUUGGUAAUCCACCAACACCAGACUUUAUUGAAAAUUUGAAUAAGUGUGGAGUAGAAGUUGUUCAAGCAAAAAAUGUACCUCAGGGAAAUGGUGUUAUUAUUAGGUUCUUUGCAUGGUUAAAUUAUUUAAAAGAAAAUAAAGGAAAAUAUGACCGUGUUGCAUUAUCAGAUAUCCGUGAUGUAUUUUUAUUUGGAGACGCAUUUGCUACAUUUUCAAAAGAUGAAUUAUAUUUGUCAUAUGAAUGUUUAAUAAAUAAAAGAGGAAAUAUUGAAUGUAAUGAUUUUAGAGAUUCUUGGAAUCGUGGAUGGAUCCGUCAAUUCUUUGGAGAAGACAUAGCUUAUCAAUAUGCUAAAAAUCAUACCUUGAUAGUUAAUGCAGGAUUUACAGUUGGAGGAUAUGAUAAAAUGGUAGAUUAUUUAACUGUAUUAACAGAGUCAAUGGAACAAAAAUAUUUGAAAUAUUGGGGAUAUGAUCAAGCAUUAUUAAGUUAUCUUUACACUUCAAGAAAAUUAGAUUUCUUAAAUCCAACGACAGUUAAAUGUGAUCAACAAUUUUGUUUUGAAUUAAGAGGAGGAAGUAGGUAUGACUCUAAAAAGAAGUCAUUGUAUGUUGGAAAUUCAAACUGUUCACCUGUUAUUAGACAUAAAUUAGUUGUUAAAGGUUCUGCUAUCAGAUUAACAUAA